GUCUGAUGUCAGCUGAGACUCUGAUAAGGCUUCCAAUGUUCACUUUCAAAGUUCAGCUGGAACACAGGCUGAGUCCUUGGGUUUGGAGACUUGUUGACAUCACUGAGAUUGACGCUUGGACCUUCAAGAGAAGAGACUUUCUGACAGCCCUGCUCCACUCCACCUGACCCUAUGACUGGAGGGUUCACUGUAGCUCCAUCCUUUGCUCUCCAGUUCCAAAAGAUGGGUUCAUUCAGAAGGCCCCGACCUCGCUUCAUGAGCUCUCCGGUCCUCAGUGACCUGCCGCGGUUCCAGGCAGCCCGGCAGGCUCUGCAGCUCAGCUCCAACUCGGCCUGGAACAGUGUUCAAACAGCAGUGAUAAAUGUGUUCAAAGGGGGAGGCUUGCAGAACAAUGAACUUUACACCCUCAAUGAAAAUAUCAGACGGCUGCUGAAGAGUGAACUUGGAUCCUUCAUCACAGAUUACUUUCAGAACCAGCUCCUUGCGAAAGGCUUGCUGUUUAUAGAGGAGAAGGUUAAGCUGUGUGAAGGUGAGGAUCGCAUUGAUGUCCUGUCUGAAAUCUGGGAUCACUAUUUUACAGAGACUCUUCCUACACUCCAGGCAAUAUUCUACCCAGUCCAGGGUCAGGAGUUGACUAUCCGUCAGAUUGCUCUUCUUGGCUUCAGAGACUUGGUCCUGCUAAAAGUAAAGUUGGAAGAAAUUCUUCCUCUGGUCCAGACAAAGCUCCCAGCUUCCAUUGUCCAGAUGCUGUUAAUUCUGCAGAGUGUCCAUGAGCCUACUGGCCCCAGUGAGGGCUAUGUACAGCUGGAAGAACUGGUCAAGCAGGUGGUAUCGCCGUACUUGGGUUUGUGUGAGGAUCACAGCUUCUCUGGUAGCACCUAUGGUCUGGCGAGACGGUACUCCAGAUCCCGUCCUAAGACUGGUGUACUGAAUUAUUCAUCUCCCGUGGUGACGAGCCGGCAGCCCAGCGAGAUGGCCCUGACCCCACUGACAGAGCAGGAGGGUGAGGCUUACCUGGAAAAAUGUGGUAGCAUCCGUCGCCACACUGUUGCCAAUGCUCACUCAGAUAUUCAGCUCCUGGCAAUGGCCUCCAUGAUGCACACGGGAAUGGUGAUUGAGGAGUCAGACAGUACCGACAAAUGCCUUCUCCUGCAGCCCAGUUUUAGCCACAGGCAGUGCUCCAGUGAGCCCAAUAUUGCUGAUGGGCCAGAGGGAGUCAUGGCAGAAGGUAGGCAGGACCCUGCAGAGCUGAACUGCACAUCAGUCAGCUAGAAGAAGUCUUGCUGAGGAGAGGAGAACUGUAUGCACUAAGCUGGACAAAGUGUCAUGUCGACCCUGCUGGGAAAAAAGAGAAAAAUUUGAGUUUCACUCAUGUAAUUGAAAUGGCCUUGAGGGAUCUUAUGCAUCUUUGGGAAUGCUCUCUCGAUUUUUUUUUCUUGCCUGCCUGGGAUCAUUGUUGAUGGAGGUACCAGGCUGCUCCCAAAUGAGCACUGAGGGCUGCAAAGGUUUCGUUGUUGAACAGCGCAGUCUACCUUCUGUAAGCUUUCUUCCUCUACUAGUCCAAACCCUUUGACCUCAGGUUUUCUUCUGUUUCUUUGGUAUGAUACAAAUUAGCCUCUUUCUGCUUUUCUCCAUCUUUCCUAGCUUUGCGCUCCUUGUAUGCUCUUUGUUCCUGCAGCAGAGAGCUCUCUGCUAAAUGUUCUCUUUGCUUCUGGUGCUAGGGUGGUGAUGGCUGAGGACUGCAUUUUUCUUUUAGAGUUGAACUCAGGGAUGAAACCAUUUGCAUCCUGCAGAAAAAUCUGCUCAGGUGGCUUGUGAGAGAAGGAGAUCCUUCAUUUUGCCUCCCAUGGGCAUGGAUGAAAAGUCCAAAUCCAAACAAAUCAGACUUUUUUUUUCUCCAGACCUGAAGAGAACUGA